GGCGCCCGCAUGGAGCGGGAGCUGUUGACUCCGAAGGUGUCGGCGAUGCAGGCCUGCGUCCGGGGCUUCUUGGUUCGACGCCAGUUCCAGAGCCUGCGGGCUGAGUAUGAGGCGAUUGUACGAGAGAUCGAGGGCGACUUGGGCCCCCUUCAGUGGACUGAGGGCCGAAUUCCCAGGCCUCGAUUUCUCUCUGAGAAAGCAAAAUCCCAGCGGAUCUGGAAAGCAGGAGAGAGGGCAGCAAAUCCAGAUCGGGAGCUGUGGAGCCACUUUCCCUGUAAAGAGUCGGAGAGAGAGGCCGUCUGGGAAGAGGUGGUGUUGAAGAAGUCAGGAGAGGGCUUAGUAAACCCAGGGAGUCUUCUCUGCAGAGAUCACAGCCCCUGGCUUCAGGCUGAACAGAGCAGGAAACCCAGCCAAGAGAACACCACAGACACGACAAGGAGGGAAAAUUCAGAAGCCACAGGUCCCAGACUACUUCACAGCCAGCCCGACCUUCAGGAGCUCCAGUAUCACCGCAGCCACUUGGCCAUGGAACUGCUGUGGCUGCAGCAAGCCAUCAAUAGCCGUAAGGAGUACCUAAUUCUCAAACAAACACUGAGAUCCCCAGAGGCAGGCCAGACCAGAGAGAAGCCCAGCAUGUGCCUAGACCGUGGGGAACAAGCCUGUGAGAGGGGCUGGUCACAACCAAGCCCAUCAUCAGAGGACCAGCCCUACAAAGACAGGACCACUAGACAUGCGGAUGACUUCUGUCAAAGGGUCGGAUCGCCCCACAAAUCCCCAGAAAAUUUGGCUACUCUACAGAAAGCCAUUGCUGCAAAGUGGAGGGAACCAUGCUACAGGAGGACUGGACCACCAUCAAACAGCUGUCUACACCAUCAAACAGCAAGGCUAACAGGGGACAGACUUGUCAAAGGGUCAGACCAUGGAGGACAGACCAUGAGCACCUGCCUACAGCAGAUGAAACUCGUGGAGGACCAGACUCGUCUCAAACCUAGGGAUCAGUGUUCCAGGAAGGCUGGGACAUAGCUGCCUGUAUUCUGUGAGGACCCAAAUAUUAAGAAGUCUCCCAGAAAGCGAGACUACAAAAAGCCUGACCAGAGCCAGGCCACAGAUCUCUCAGAGGACCACGUCAUUUGGGAUGGGACUUUGGCAGGGCCAGAACAUAGUGCCUUGAAUCUCUGAAAGACUAAACUAUCCAAGGGCCAGAACCCCAAUUAUAGAAGCUCUAUAGAUGAAACCUCCAACAAACCUAGUCACGAAGGCUGGAAAAACCAGAGGAUUGUACCAUGAAGCUUGAGGCUACCCAAGAACCUGUCUUCCACAGGGUCAGACUGUUCCGGAACAGGAAAGGACCGAUGGGGCAGACCAUGGAGGGCAAGACUACCCGACCAGACCUUGGGAAGCCAGGAGAGGACCAGUUUCCAAAGGGGAAUGCCGUGAAAGAGCAAUGAGGAUGAGAGGGCCCCAUCCUACACCCCUGGUCCAGCUCGACCUCCUGCUCUUGUCCCUGCCCACCAGUGGCAAGUGGGGCCAAGAGACACUGGAGUACAGAGCUGGCAUGAGUAUAGGGAGAAGGACAAAGGACGCCCUUGCUCUGCCUGAGGCCCAACCCAACUUUCUAGAUAAGGAGUUACCUGGGGGAAGUGGAGUGGGAGGCCUGAUGGACAAUAAAGAUUUUUCUUGUUUUCUGA